UAUCUAUUAGAUUUAUGGCCUCACCAAUGAAGGUACAAUUCUCAGUUAAAAUAAGUCUGGUUUUCCUCUUGAUUGUUAGUAUGUUUUCAAACCUACAUUAAGAAAUUGACUAUGUUUUUUACAAGCUCUGUGACCAUCAUCCCGUGAGUCAGCUGACCACGAUAAUCUACAACUAGCUAAAGUUAAUUUAGUAACAAAAACUAGGAAAAACAUCAGGAAGCCAGUGGGCCACACAGAUUAGUUGGUAUAGCUACAACCAAACAGCUCUUGGCUCUCAGGAUUCAAGGAAUUCACCAGAGGAAAUCCUUUUGGUUCCCGGGGAAUGUGGUAAGGACCGGACAAUGUCCCUGUAUUGUGGAAUUGCUUGCAGGAGAAAAUCUUUUUGGUCCUAUAGGCUGCUGUCAACUUAUGUCACUAAGAGCCGGUAUUUAUUUGAACUGAAGGAAGAUGAUGAUGCAUGUAAAAAAGCCCAGCAGACAGGAGCAUUUUACCUCUUCCAUAGCCUGGCUCCUUUGCUUCAGAAAUCAGAACAUCAAUACCAGGCCCCCCAGCAUAGCCUACUAGAGUUGGAAAGGCUCCUAGCUAAGUUUGGACAGGACACACAAAGAAUAGAAGAUUCUGUGCUGAUUGGAUGCUCUGAACAGCAUGAAGCAUGGUUUGCUCUGGAUCUAGGUCUAAAUAGCUCCUCUUCCAUAAAUGCUUCCUUACAGAAACAAGAAAUGGAGACAGAGCUCAAGGGGUCUUUCAUGGAGCUGAGGAAGGCUCUCUUUCAGCUGAAUACAAAGGAUGCCUCCUUGCUGUCCACGGCUCAGGCUCUUCUCCGUUGGCAUGACGGUCAUCAGUUCUGUAGCAGAAGUGGGCAGCCCACCAAGAAGAAUAUGGCUGGCAGCAAGCGUGUAUGCCCUUCCAAUAAGAUUAUCUAUUAUCCACAGAUGGCUCCUGUGGUGAUCACUCUGGUGUCAGAUGGGACUCGAUGCCUGCUUGCCCGCCAGAGUUCCUUUCCCAAGGGAAUGUAUUCUGCCUUGGCAGGUUUUUGUGAUAUAGGUGAAAGUCUGGAAGAGGCUGUCCGAAGAGAAGUUGCAGAAGAGGUGGGAUUGGAAGUGGAAAGACUGCAGUACUCUGCAUCCCAGCACUGGCCCUUUCCUAAUAGCUCACUCAUGAUUGCUUGUCAUGCAACUGUGAAAUCAGGGCAGACAGAGAUCCAGGUGAACUUGAGAGAACUAGAGGCAGCUGGCUGGUUCAGUCAUGAUGAGGUGGCCACAGCCCUGAGGAGAAAUAAUCCAUACACUCAGCAACAGAAUGGGACAUUCUGGUUGCCCCCCAAAUUAGCCAUCGCCCACCAACUGAUUAAGGAGUGGGUAGAAAAGCCAAACUGUUCUACCCUGCCUGCUUAACUCAGGUUGAGACAUCUAGAUCCUUUCUCAGUAUCUUGGAGGGGCAUAAGAGAGAUCAGUUGAUAAAGGGGAGGUGAUAAAAGGCCAUCUCCAGGACAACUUCAUAAUAAGGCAGAGUAGAAGGUAAUCCUACAGUGGGCUGCCUCUAACAGCAGUGUUAAGGAAGUUCUUCUUCAAAGGCAAUCAAAAAUGCCAAACUGAUAAGAUGAUGAUUGUCAAAAUCAGAGGGAAAGUUGAAGCAUUAGUUUGGAUAUAGGCCUUUGUUCAGCAAUUUUCAUUGAGGCCUUGGAAGCAAACAUCUCUUCAGCAGGUAUCUUGUUAAUGCUGGAUUUAUACUAACUGCCAAAAUGUGCCUGAUAGAAUUUUAUCUUACUAUUGAAAGUAUACAGCAAACCUCAACCCACUCCUGACUUUUCAUCCUCACAGAAUUAAGAAAAAUAGCACAACCCGGGAUUUAAAUAAAAGUCAUAUUUAAGUCAUCUGAAGGGAUGAGGAAAGUGGGAGCCAAGGUCUUCCUCAGGGUACUCUGUAAUAAAUCAGAUGCAGUGAUGUUUUGCUGAGGUAACUGCACCCCAGUGGGGUUUAUGAUAGUUAAGUCUUUUGCAGUUAACUUGCUCAACUUGUGACCCAAGGAAAAGAUGAUCACUUUGCCAUGUCUGACUUCCUAAAUGCACAACAGUCACUGCCAUUUGCAUACCCAGUUAAGUGUUGUAACUUCACUUAAGGGAUUAGUGAGGAUGAACCAUUUCUUGAGCUUUAUCAGAUAAACUAAUGUAGGAUUUCUCAUCAUUCAUGUGUCAUUCUACACCUCAUCAUAGAAGAGAAGAAUUUAUCUGGAGGAAAUAAAGUAAAUUUCCACACCUUU